AUGGUUAUAAGAGGACAGCUGAGUUCAGUGGCAGCAAUGGUUUACAGAUCAAGAAGUCAUGGUACAGCCGUAAUUCCUGAGGAGUGCUCGGUGCCGCGAAAACGAGGUGAGGUUGCAGUGCAAACCGGAGAUCUGUUGCCAUGUAGGAUUUGUGGAAGGACUUUUUUUCCAGCAGCACUGAAAAAGCAUGGACCCAUUUGCCAAAAAACUUCUGCCAAGAAAAGGAAGACAUUCGAUUCCAGCCGGCAGAGAGCAGAAGGAACUGACAUUCCCACAGUAAAACCUCUUAAGCCGCGGCCAGAACCCCCCAAAAAGCCAUCCAAUUGGAGACGAAAGCAUGAGGAAUUCAUAGCAACUAUACGAGCAGCCAAAGGACUUAAUCUUAAAGAUGGUGGAAAACUUCCUCCACCACCUCCGCCAUCAUAUGACCCCGAUUACAUUCAAUGUCCAUAUUGUCAGAGGAGAUUUAAUGAAAAUGCAGCUGACAGGCACAUCAAUUUCUGUAAGGAACAAGCAGCACGUAUUACCAAUAAGGGGAAACUGGCAGCUGAUACCAAAGGGAAGGUUCCUACUCGAACACAGUACAAGCCUGCUGCAGUUAAGAAGAUGCCUUCUGCAGUGUCAACACCACCGUCAUCAUCAUCACGUCUACCGCAGCCAAGUGGUGUUAGCAAAGCAGUUGUAGGUUCCUCUUCAAGUAAAGCAUUGUCUUCAGCUGGAUCCAGUGGCAGCAAAAUUCAGUCGUUAUCACCAGCUCAUAAAAACUCAUUGGGAAUGGUGAACCCACAAGCAGGUAGUAAGAUGGACAAGUUAGGCCCACCACUGCGAACUGGAAGAGAUGUGCAAAGGUUUUAUGACACUGAUAGAAAAACAGACAGUACCAUCAAAAGACCAAAUGAAUUGUUGCCUAUAAAGAAAGGUGCGACAAAAACACGGAUGUCAACCCCUCCUAGUGUGGCAAGAACUAUGAGCACGGGUGCUCUAUCAAACAAAAGAAAAACUAGUAAUUCAGACAGUUACUCAAGGUCUGAUGGUAAAACUGGGAAUGACACUGCUGACUACCUAUCCUCAGUCAACGGAGGAAGUUCAAAGAACAGUGAAGGAAAUUCAUCUGUACAGUUAUCUAAAUUUUGCCAUGAAUGUGGAACAAGGUAUCCAGUGGAAUGGGCAAAGUUCUGCUGUGAGUGUGGAAUUCGAAGAAUGGUUGUAUGAAUGCAUUCUUAAAAUCAAAGAGAAAGGGAGAUCCUGAAAGCAUCUGCUAUGUGCUGCUGCAUGGAAAGCUAAAACACUCCUUCAAGUUAGGCUUCAUGCUGCAAACAUGUUGAAACAUUGCACUCAGAAAAUUAUAAUCUGCUGGUUACAUAGUAAUUUAUAUAUAAGUAUGUAUACUGUAUAUAAGAGUAGCAGGUACCUAAAACUGUGCCAUACAAGGAAAUACUCUUUAAUCUCAGUUGGAAAUGUUUUAAAUUAGGGUAAAAAUGUGUUAAGUAACUUAAGUAGCGGAAGUGGUUCAGUGUUACUUUUCUUAUAUAAUUCUAUAGAAUUUAUUUAAGUCACCCACCCAUAGGGAACUAGCCAUGAAGAACGUCUGCAUCAAAAGUUUCUCUGUGGAGGCAUUUCCUUCUUAGAUGAUAGUAACUAGAUGCUAUCUAUGUUUUAAGUGAAAACAACACGAGUAACUCCCUAUAAAUUCCUUGUUACAAGUGCAAAAAACUGGAGCCCUUUAACCUCUUUACUGUAAUAGCCUAACUGAACUUUCCAGUUACCUGCAGGAUUUUUUUUAAUGAUUCAAAUAGGAAAAAGUCUGAAAAUUCCAUUCACAUCUAAGAAAAUCAAAAGUUGUGGUUGUUGCUCUGCCCAUUCUGUUUUUGAAUAAGAAUUUGUUAAUAUUUUAUGUAUUUAUAAGGACAAAUGUGAUAUUUUAAUCAGUUACUUUUAUUCAAAUACUUUUCUUCCUCUCCCUGUGCUCUCAACCAUAUGCAAAAGCUCUUUACUUUUGUCCUUAUGACUUGCAAAUGUCCUCUCUUUCUUUUUCCUUUUCUCCUGCAAGGGACUCUAUUGUAACUGUACCUAAAUGUUGAACUUAUUUUUAAAAACAACCUUCUUAUUGUAUCCAAUACAAAAAGAGUUCCAUAAAAAUGUAUACUAUUAGAAAAGUAGAAAUUAAGUAGUUACUGUUUUUUAUACUUAUUCCUGUGCAAAUAAUAGGUUCAGAGUUUGUAUGUUUACAGCUCUACAUGUGUUUUUUAGUGGUGGAUUUUCUUCUGUUUG